AUGUCGAUAGAGAAAAAGGCAAUGCAGCGGAUCGAGAAAGAGUUCAAAGAUAUGACUUCGAAAGACUCCUUGUACAGCAUCGGUAGAGACUCGAACGAUUUCUUCAAAUGGAACGCGAUGAUUCCUGGUCCAGAUGGUACUCCAUACGCCGGAGGCAUGUUUAGCAUCGACAUUAAAUUUCCUAAAAAUUAUCCUUUUACAGCACCCAAGUUUACGUUCAAAACUCUGGUUUAUCAUCCAAAUAUCAAUUCUCAAGGAUCGAUAUGCCUUGACAUUCUUAAAGACAAGUGGAGUCCCCCUCUCACGGUUGAAAAGGUGCUUUUGUCCAUCACUUCAUUAUUGGCGGACCCAAACCCAGAUGAUCCUCUUGUGGCAGAGAUUGGAGAGCUCUUCAAAAAUAACAAGUUUCAAUUUAACCAGAGAGCUCGAGAAUGGACUGAACGACAUGCUUAA